AUGCUGUGCCUGGCACAGCUGCGGGAAGGAGAACUGGCUCUGUACAGCCUGGGGCUGGGCACAGCCCCUGCCACAGCCACCAUCCCUCUGGCAGCUGGGGACGUGGAGAUCUGCAGGGACAGGGGCUGCAGCACCUUCUCCCUGCACACCAGAGACCACCAGUACCUGUUCCGGCUGCCCCGCGUUGUGCAGAGCAGCAGGGCAGGGGCUGCGGGCAGGCUGCAGGAGUGGCUGUGCGUCCUGCAGCGGCACUGCCGGCCGGGCAGCGCUGCCCCCCUGCCCCUGCAGCCAGCUCCUAUCGCCGGCAGCUGCCCUGAGGCCGAGUACGAGGAGUUUAUUAUUCAAAAAUCUGUCUGGGGAUCGUGUGACCCGUGCAAGAGAAAAAUAGAUGUGUGCAGGCUCUGUGAGCAGUUCCAGAUCCAGGACACAGCAGUGGCUCUGGGCAGCGAGCCUGCAGUGAAUCAGCACAUCCUGCUGGACAGAAAAGUUGCACACAACUUCAACAUUUUUCUUAAAAGUUUCCGUGUAAAACCAAGUGAGCUGAAGGACAAACUGCUCAUCAUCCACGAGGAGAGUGGUGGGCUCUCAGAUGAGCAGAUCACAGCACUCAGGAGAUAUUUGCCCACACCCAAAGAUGCAGAAAGGUACCUGUCCUUCAAGGGCUCCUGCUCAGAGCUGCACGUGGUUGACCAGUUCAUGUUGGAGAUGUGUAAAAUCCCUCAGCUGGGCCAGAGGUUGGAUCUGCUGCUCAGCGUCCGUGAGCUCCCCGAGAGCAUCAGAGACCUGGAGCCUCUGAUAGUCCAGAAUAUCCAGGCAAGCAAGCAGCUGCAAGCCAGCCCAAAGUUCGUGGCAGUCCUGGAGUACAUUUUGGCCAUGGGGAACCACCUGAACGAAAGGGCUGGGAAGGAGGUGGCCAAAGGAUUCCGACUCUCAUCUCUGGCCAAGCUGCCUCUGCUGAGGGGCAGGGAGAGGAGGUUCACCCUUCUGCACGCCCUGGUGGAGCAGAUCCUCUCACAUGAGCCCGAGCUGGCCACCUUCCCCCAGGAGCUGACAGAGUUUGAAGCUGUUCCUGAUGCGUCCAUGAAGGGGCUCAGUGCUGAAGUUGAUGUUUUAAAAAAAGAAUUGGAGAACCUUAUCCAGUGCAGGAGGCUCCUCAAGCCCAAAGCAAGCAAGGCAACACCCCAGGAGUCCCAGUUCUGCAAGGAGCUGAAGGAUUUAAUUCAGAAAUAUGAAGGAGAUCUCUCCCAGCUGUCAAAAAGAUGUGAGGAAAUGAAGAAGCUUUAUAGCAACGUACUGGUGAGGUUUGGGGAGCCAGCAGACCUGGACUCCCAGGAGCUCUUUGGAUGGAUCUCUGCCUUCAUCAGUGACUUUAGGAAGGCAUCUGCUGAAGUCACACUGUGAGAACACAAAUUUUAUGGAGAGAUGAAGGAAAGAAGAGUCCAGGAAACAAUUUUUGAUUAUUUUUUCCUUCACUGGUAAGCAGUGCAUUGCCAAUCUCACCUGUGCAGCAGAACACCUUGAUUUUGAGAGAGAUUCCAUUUAUAAUGUGUAAUUUAAAGUGUUAUUUAACCUGUGAUAUCCCAGAUCUCUUAUGAGCCUCUCAAUUUCCUGCUUUCAUACCUUGAGAUUCCCAUAAAUUGAGGAAAAAAACCCA